AUAAACAAAUAUCAUGCAAAGACCCCAAAAAACGAACAACUCAAAUUCAAACAUUGAGUGCGCACCAGUUUACUAAUGGAGUGGUGAGUUGGCGGGUGGUGAGUUCAAUGGAAUGGGGAGUUGGUAAAGGCGCCAAUAAAGUUGAACAGCAAAAGCGAAACAAAAACGUGCCAAGGAACAAGAACUUGGCCAAAAAAAUCCGCUGCACACGUUGUAACCCAAAAUUUGGACUGCUCCUUUAAAUUAAAAGCUGCAAAUAGAUCAACGAUGGCCAGCAAGCGGCUGAUGCUGGAUGUGGAGGAGGAGGAGGAAGGGGAAGAAGGGGCAUGUGGAAAUGAUGCCCAAAAUGCGAAUGUGGAGAAAAGCCAGGCCAAGAGACGCAAAUCCUUGCAUGCGCAUCCCCUGCAAAGGAUGCUCAAGCAGCAUCUUCCCGCCAGCGCCGCCAUUCUGUCGCCCAUCACCGAAUUGGCCCAGAAUAUGAGUGGUGCGCGGCUGGAUGGCACACCCAAGUCCACCCAGCGUAGUCAAUCCUCCACCCGGCCCCUCAGCACCUUCAACAGCCUGUCCUCGCGAACCCUCAGCGGCUUCAGCAGCUCCUGCUCAAGCUACGAUUCGGGCAACUCCCUGGAUGACGAGUACAUGGCCAUGUUUGAGCUGGAAUCCACAGAGGAUCACAAUCUAGAGCUACCCGAUGACCUGGAAAAGCUCCUAAAUGGGCAGCUUAAAUCAGAAGGCAAUCCGGAGAAGGAAACCGCUACGCAGAAACGCACACUUCGUCGGUGUAUGAGCUUGUUUCCCACCGAUCAGCCAGAGGAUGAUGAACCAGCUGGUCAGGAGACCAACCCUUCCAUCAAGAAGCUGCAAAAGAGGACCCUCUCCAUGAACGAUGCCGAAAUCAUGAGCGCCCUGGGUGAGGAGCCGCAGCUAAUUGGGGAUCUCAGCAAGCCUUGUGCUUUGCCCUGCUUAAUAACGGGCGUAAGACAUCGUGACCUGAAGACCAUCUCCAGUGACACACUGGCACGUCUGAUUCAAGGGGAGUUCGACCUGGGCAGCCAGGGUGGCUAUCAAAUCAUCGACUGCAGAUAUCCCUAUGAAUUCCUGGGCGGUCAUAUAAAAGGAGCAAGGAAUCUGUACACACGUGGGCAGAUACAGGAAUUCUUUCCCAGUUUGAAAUCCAACCAGGAGGAUCGUCGCAUCUAUGUGUUCCACUGCGAAUUCUCCUCGGAGAGAGGGCCCAAGCUAUUGCGCUUCCUGCGGAGCAACGAUAGGAGCCAGCAUGCCCACAACUAUCCGACACUGGACUAUCCAGAGCUCUACAUCCUGCACAAUGGCUACAAGGAGUUCUUUGGCCUCUAUGCUCAGUUGUGUGAGCCCAGCCAAUAUGUGCCCAUGCUGGCGCCCGCCCACAAUGACGAGUUCCGAUACUUUCGCGCCAAGACCAAGUCUUGGCAGUGUGGCGAAGGUGGAGACAGUGGAAUCGGCGGUGGAGGCUCUCGAGACCUCCGGAAGUCGCGAUCCCGCCUUCUCUACGCUGAGUGAGGUAACCAAACCUUCCCGCCAUGUUUAAGCCCACCGAGAUCUCACGGAGAACCGAAUGGUUCACCUUUUUUACCCACAGAACAAAUAUGUAUUCUUUUAGGACGCAAAUUUUUAGAUUAAUUUUUCGUUGCGUUGUUGAAAUGUUGUGAAAGCCCUUUAGAUUUAUUUCUACAUGUUUAAUUCCAUCCGAAUUUUGGAUUUUAGUUCAGCGUUGUGUAAAACAGAAGACGAAAACAAAAGCAUUGGGAACAAAAGAAAUGGAAAUGGAUAAAUGUUCUCUAGUCAGUGAAAGCUAAAAUUUCGAAAUUGUUUCUAGUUUACUUUUUGUGUUCGGCAUUUAAUAGUUAAGUUUACAAAGUAAUUCGUGUUGUAGUUUAAUAAACAAAAUCGAUUUAAAUAUGUAAAGAAAAUGUCCCCAAUGUUUAAUCAUCAUAAUCUUAUCCUUAAGCUUAAGUCAAUAAUGAAGUCGAAAAUGAAAUAUUAAUCAUAUUUAUGUAUAAAUACAAACAGUGGCAAAAUUAUAUUUUUGUAUUU